AUGAUCUUUGUUCUCUUAGCGUUAAAAUUCAUUAUCAAAACAACAAUUACUACACUAAACCUCGAUGCUAAUAACAUUGGAGCCGAAGGAGCAUCCUAUCUAGCCAGCGCAUUAAGUUGUAACACGACACUCACUAUACUUGAUCUUAAUGGCAAUAAUAUUGGAGACAAAGGAACCCGAUAUUUGGCCAAUGCAUUAAAACGCAAUCAGACACUUAUAAGUCUGAAUCUUACAAACAACAAGAUCGGAGCUGAUGGUAUUCACCAUAUGGCUAAUGCAUUACACACUAAUAUGACACUCACCACAUUGAAUCUUAGUGGAAAUGAAAUUGGUGACUGGGGAGCAAUAUAUCUUGCAAAUACACUAAAAAACAACAAGACACUCUCAAUACUAGACAUCUCUGGGAAUAAAAUUCAAAGCAAAGGAGCACAGCAUUUAGCUGAAGCAUUACAAACAAACUCAGCACUCACCGCACUGAAUCUAGGUUGUUAUUGGCACAGAUUGAAUAAUAUAGGAAAAGUUGGCGUACAAUGCCUUGCUGAAGCUAUAGCAGAUAAUGAAACACUUACUACACUGAAUCUUUCGUCGAAUAAAAUUACAAGAGAAGGAGCAGAAUAUCUGGCUCGUGCAUUACACAGCAAUAAAACAUUGACCACACUCAAUCUUUUAAACAAUCAAAUAAAAGAUGAAGGAGUAAAAUAUCUGGUUGAUGCUUUACGCACUAACGCGACGCUGACCAAUUUAGAUCUUUCUGGAAAUAAAAUUGCAAGCAAAGGAGCACGAUUUCUCUGUGAUGCGUUACAAAAGAAUACGACACUCGCAACACUGACUUUGUCCAGCGAUUAUCCUGCAUCGAAUAAUGUUGGAGACGAUGGAGUCCGCUAUCUGAUUAAUGCAUUAAGAAAUAAUAAUACACUCACUGAGCUCAAUCUUAUUUGCGGUCAAAUCGAGGACGAAGGGACACGGUAUCUUGCAGAUGUAUUACGUAAUCAUACGACACUUACCACGCUGAAUCUGGAAAACAAUGCAAUCACUGCUGUGGGUGCACAAUAUUUGGCUAAUGCUUUGCGAGAUAACACAAUACUUACUAAACUCGAUGUUAGUUUCAAUACAAUUGGAAACCAUGGAGUGCAUUAUUUGGCCGAUACGUUACAGACUAAUAACACACUCACUUCAUUUAAUAUCGCGCAUAACGAAAUUGAAGCGCAAGGGAUAAAAUAUUUGGCUGAUGGCUUGCAAAGCAAUACAACACUUUCUAUACUCAAUCUUGUAAAUAAUGACAUCGGUGAUGAAGGUGCGCAACACUUGGCCAAUGGAUUACGAAAUAAUACAGCAAUAACCGAAAUUAAUCUUGUGAACACUCAAAUCGAAGCCAAAGGCGCACAAUAUCUCCUCGAUGCAUUGCGAAAUAAUGCCACACUCAUCAAACUCAAUCUCUUAAGUUUGGCAUCAACAGCACAUGGAUUACGUCCUCCAAUGCUUGAAUUACACGAUCACAUGCGACGAAUGAAUGCAAGUAUGCGAUACUUUCAGACUAGAAGCGAACAAGCACAAGAUCAAGUUGAUGCAUCCGCAGAUGAUACAAUUUUGUAA